UGAGGUAGGUCCAGUCUAAAUAAAAUAGUCCUCAAGUUCUAACUAAAUACCUUCUAGUUGUACUAUUCAAUUCAAAUAUAUCAUUUCUUUCAUUAGAAAAAUAACCACUGUGAAUAAAUUUUUUUCCAAUUUUUUUUAUAUUAAAACAAAAGUGAAAAUUCUUUGUUAUAAAAGAAUUGUUAAUUUUUUUGUUUAUCAAAAUUCAAAAUUUUAAGUUGAUUCUUUUUUGAAUUAUCAUUCUUAAAAAGAUAAAUUUUUUGCCAAUAAAAAAUGAUUCCUUUUAGCAAUUCAUUUAAAUGCAUCAUUAAAAAUGAUGAAAAUAACAACUUCUCGACAACUAUACUUGAGAGAAGAAAGAAAAUUUGUGGUUUCCUAGGAUUUGCAAUAAUUUUAUUGGGUUUUAUUUUCCUGAUGUCAAACUUAUGGAUAUUAUUACAAGAAGAUAAAUAUCAACCAAAAAAAUAUUGCAAGGAUCUAAUGGAUCUUGUGAAAUUGAAAAAAGAUGAAAAGAAAUCAUCAACAAGCAUUGGACGUUACAAAAGAGAUGCCUAUAAUGAUGUACAAGUACAAUAUUGUUUAAGUUUUAAUAUUGGUUGUACAAUUAUUUACACAGAAAUAUUAAAUAUCGCCAAUAAAUGGUUACAAAUAAAAUCAAAUUCACAUUAUCCAUUGAAUGUGAUGAAAUAUAAAAUAGAAAAUUUUGUCAAUGAAUUACGUGAAUGGCAACGUGAAAAAAAUUCGGCUAUUAAUUUUUGUGUUUUAUGCGAGGUAAUUAAGAGAGGAAACAAUAGAAAACUCGCUUAUUAUAAUUUAAUGCCAAAAAGUUUUCUACACAAAUCAAUACCAAUACCAAUACCUGAUGAUUUUGAUAUUGAAAAUGUUAUUUUGUAAAACACUUUUUUUUGAAAAUUUUUAUUGUUUAAUAUGUAUGUUUAAAGAAAAUGUGCAUUUUUUAAUACUUUAUUUGACUGUAUUAUAUUUCUUUCGUUUUUGGAAAUUUUUUUUUAAUUUGAAAGUUUUAUGUAUACUUGAAAUAUUAUUUAUGUAAAUUAUUUAUUACGGCGAAAUUAUUUUGUAUUUUUUUAAUUUAUAAAUGUUCAAGCAUAAUAAUAAUAAUAAUAAAAUAAUUGUUAUUUAUAAACAAAUUUAA